AUGGCCGCUAAUGAUAUUAAAAAAAUUUAUUGUGAUGUAAUUGAUGAUGUCAUUACGACAGUACGUGAAGCACUUCUCGAUGAAGGAUUUGAUGAACAUACACUAUCUGAACUGAGACAGUUAUGGUUCAAUCGGUUAGACGGUUCAAAAGCACUUGAACCAUUACCGCUGGCUGAGGAUGCUAAUCAACGUAUCCAUGGUGGCCAUAAACAUUCCUCACGAGGGUAUGCAGCAACAACAAUUAAACAUGAUUCAACGUUGACUACUAACUCAUCAGCGCCUGGAAUAACUCAUCAAUAUGUGAAACAAGUACAACCGACCGGUGCCAGUAAUCUGAUUUCGUCACAUCUCAAUCCUACAAAUUCAUCAGCAACGUUUCAUACAGCAUCAAUGACAUCAUUGCAACAUUUACCACCAGCACAUUUACCACCAUCAUUAUUGCAAAACUUUCCAGGAAGUUCAGUUAUAUUUCCACAAAAUGCUGCAUCUCAUGCUAUGCAGAAUGCAUCAUUUCAGCAAAGUCAACAAAUGUUUAAACAAAAUCGUGGUGGAGCAAAUAAUGUGCCUCAGAUUGAUGGUCAGUGUGACGAAUUAAUAACAAAACCUUUUAAACAAAAACAAGCAAAAAAAGAGAAGAAAGAGAUUCAAGUAUGUUUUCAACUCGAUGGUACAGUACCACCGAUUUCGGAUGACGAUGAAGAUGAUGAUAAUGAAGAAGAACCGUUGGAUCAAGUAGAAGAUGAAGAAGAUGAAACAAAUGAAGAGGGAAAUGAAGACCCAAAGCCAUUAUGUUCCGAAGAUGAUGUUAGUGACGACGAAGCAUCUGAAAUGUUUGAAUGUGACAAUGUUGUGGUUUGUCAAUAUGACAAGAUAAAUCGCUGUAAAAACAAAUGGCGCUUUACAUUGAAAAGCGGUAUUAUGAAUAUUCAUGGACGAGAUUAUGUGUUUAAUCGUGCAACAGGUGAAGCUCCAUGGUAA